UUGGCCGCACGCAUACGCGCUCAGUCUGAGAUAGCCAAGCCAAAGCACAAGCUCCCUCCCUCCAAAUUAAACCAGUCCCAUCCUUGCAAGCAUGAGGCCUCAGGUGCUGCUCCUCGCGUUGGCCGUCGUCGCCGUCCUCGCAGCUCUGCCCCUCGCACAUGGCCAAGGGGCGAGCCCGUGGCCGUGCUGCGACAAGUGCGGCGUGUGCACCAAGUCCAUUCCGCCACAGUGCAGGUGCCAGGACGUGUCGCCGACCAGGUGCAACACGGCUUGCAAGAGCUGCGUCAGGUCCACCGCUGGCUUCCAAUGCGCAGAUAGCAUCACCAACUUCUGCGAGCGCCGCUGCACAGCGGCGGCGUGAUUGCACGGCGGCUCAUGUCCUGUUGUUGCUUGCCUGAAUAAUGCUUGUGCCUUUACUUUUCUCUCCUCGUUCGGAGCUCCCUCUGCAUGCAUCUUGGUCUAGAUGGAUGCAGAGAAGAAAUGACCGUUUGAUGCUUCCUUGUCGUUUUUACUACGUCUGAAAUAAAUAAAGAGCAUAUUCUAUGCUCAAAAUUCUUCUUGAUUGAA